GAGCGAUGCCACAACUAAGUUACUUCAGCAGGGAGGGUUUCACUGGACUAUCAGCUCUCUAAAGCCAAUUCUUUAUUGCGUUUUUUUUUGCUUUACGCACAAACAAAAAUCCCCGAGUGGACUUUCUUUUCUCUUGGAGGGGCUGCUUUCAACAUGAGCGCCGGACAGACGUAUGAGAAGAAGAUUGCGAGUAUUUUGACCGAUCUACCCGGAUCUAUGAGCUGCCACCCGAGCUCCAAGGACUCUCCUACUCUCCCUGAGUCUUCGGUGACGGACAUGGGCUACUACAGCGGACAGACGGCGCCCAGCCACCACGAAUACUAUCAGAGCCAAGCGUACGGACAGCAAAUGAACUCUUACCACCAUCAGUUUAACCUGAACGGAAUGGGAGCUGCUGGAGCGUACGCGACCAAAUCUGAAUACCCCUACACAAACAGCUACAGACAGUUCGGACAUUACAACAGAGAUCACCUGCAGGCAUCACCUCCUUGCUCAGUAAAAGAAGAGCCAGAGCCCGAGGUCCGCAUGGUGAAUGGAAAACCGAAAAAGAUCCGCAAGCCGAGGACGAUCUACUCCAGCUACCAGCUCGCGGCUCUGCAGAGGCGCUUCCAGAAGGCGCAGUACCUCGCGCUGCCCGAGCGCGCGGAGCUGGCGGCGCAGCUCGGCCUUACUCAGACUCAGGUCAAGAUCUGGUUCCAGAACAGGAGAUCCAAGUUCAAGAAGCUGUACAAGAACGGUGAGGUUCCCCUGGACCACAGUCCCGACGCCAGCGACUCCAUGGCCUGCAACUCCCCUCAGUCCCCCGCAGUGUGGGACAACAGCACCCCCCAGAGCACCCCGAUCAGCAGACCUCAGGUCCAGCCGCCGACGCACAGCUCGUCUCCGCCAUACCUGGAGGAUUAUAACAACCACUGGUACCAGCAGGGAUCCCACCUACAACAUCCGGGCACCGUGCACCACCCCGUCCCGCAGCAAAGCGUGGGGGCCGUUUACUAACAAAGACUCAGGAGCACAUUUAUCUCCUCACACUCUCUCCUAAAGACUCUCUAGAGCGAACUGGACCGGGAGCAGGCCUGAAGAGAAACUGUUUUUGGAUGAUCAAAAAUGUUUCAGAACUGGGUUUACAUUCAGAAAGCACAUAAGGGAUUUCUGAUCACUUGUGGUAGCAUUUUAACGGACAUCUGGCGUGGUUUUUUUAAUUAUUAAAUUAUUUAUCGCUUCUGUUGUAUUUUCUUUCACUCCUUUUGUAAAUGAAUAUGCAUUUUUUUUUAAAUAAUUAGCCUAACCACAAAGCGAAUAUUGACAAAACCGUGCAGGUGAUCCAUGCUGCGUUCAAGUCAUGUGUGUUUGUAAAGAGCGCGUACAAAGAGAACUCAGGUCAUAUUUAUAUGGAUUUGUACAAAACGUCGAAGGUUGUAAAUAUGUGUUUAUAUGCAGAAACCACUAUGAUGAUAUUUGUUUGAAACGGAACGACUGCACUGUGGUGCCUCCAUUCUCAUGCUCAUGUAAUUAGUCCACGUGUUGCCUUCUUGUCAAUUGAAUAAAGAUGUUAAUUGCA